AUGAGCAACAAGCCGGAACCUUCGUCUGGCGCCCUGCAGCCGCAACAGCACAAGAAACGAGGCAUCUUGCCGCCAGAGAUUAUAGACCUCAUCGUGGCUCCCGUCAAAGUUGGCUCUUUCACCGCUGGUGUUGCCGGUGCCAUUGCACGGGACACCAGCCCCGUAGCCAGUGGUGCUGUGACCGGAUUUCAAUGGUUUGCCUUGGGGGGGAGCUUCUGGUUUACUAGGUCUAUGACCGUCAGGGCAAUGGGGGGCAACGAGCAGCUGAGGCCAGUCGACAAAACCAUAGCGAGCACCAUAGGCGGGUCAGCAGCCGGCGCAGUGGCCGGAUUGAUACGGGGCCCAGGGAAGAUUCUGCCGGCCAUGGCCAUGUGGGGAGUGCUGGGGGCAGGCGGGCAGAUAGUUGCCAAUGGAUUGAGCAACAGGAAGCCAAAAGUCAGGGACGAGAACGAGAGCUGGCUUCGGUCCAACUGGAGCCCGCUAAGGAAACUCACAGACCAGGAGUACAUCGACAUGAUGGAAGAGAAAAUUCUCAGAGUCGAUGCAGAUAUUGCCCUCAUUGACGACCGGAUCGCCGAGCUAAAGUCUAUUGAUCGGACAACUAAAGACGAAAAUAAGGCGUGA